AUGGCUGAAGACACACCUGUUGUCUCCACGACCGCUGCUGAAGCUGGUGAGCCGCCCGUUGAGCGCGCUCCUUCCGCUGAGGCCAAAGCUGCGCCCGCAGAAUCAGCUCCAGAGACGUCCAAGGAGCAAGAAUCAGAGAAGGUCAAUGGCUCAGAGGGAAAGACAUCCGGCGACUCGAGCGCUUCUGACGAGAAGAAGGAGUCGACUGAUGCCCCCGCUGAAGAACCCUCGAAACCCGUAGAGGCCACUGACGCGAAGGAACCGGAAGCGACCGCCACCGCAGCUGCAGAAUCCGACGCCGCCCCGGCGCCUACAGCCACCGAGACCCCCAAGUCUGCCAAGAAGUCUGGAGGUUCGAGGCGCAAGUCCAGCAGUGGAGUGCCUGAGCACAAGUCCAAGUUGAACAGAAAGAAGUCGCAAGCUCGUAUCACGAACCUGCACGCGAAGCCUGGCGAAUACUAUCUCGCGCGCCUGCGCAGCUUUCCCCCAUGGCCCUCUAUCAUUUGUGACGAGGAGAUUCUUCCUCAAACGCUUCUGAGCACGCGUCCCGUGACCGCCAUGCGCGCCGAUGGAACCUACAGGGAGGAUUACGCCGACGGCGGUAAGCGAGCUCAUGAACGGACUUUUCCUGUCAUGUUCUUCGAGACCAAUGAGUUUGCCUGGAUCCCCAACACAGAUUUAAGCCCAAUCGAACCCGCCGCGUGCAAAGAUAUCUCCGAAAAGGGCAAAUCGAAACAACUUCUUGCUGCUUAUGCCGUUGCUGCCGAAGGCCACGAUCUGCAGUACUUCAAGGAUCUGCUAGCUGACCAUCAGCGCGCGUUGGAGCAGGAGCUGGAGGAAAAAGAAGCCCAGGAGGCGGCCAAGGAGGCAGCAAAGGCUGAAAGAGAGGCCAAGAAGAAUAAGCGGAAGAGCAUGGAGAUCGUCGAUGAUCUGGAGGAUAUCGACAUGGAAGAUGCAGAAGAGCCCAAGAAGCCAAAGAGCUCGAAGAAGCGCAAGAAGGAUGCGGAGACUGAUGGUGAAGCUGAAAAGCCUGCUAAGACACCCAAGACGGCCACCAAGCUGAAGCUAACGACCCCGAGAACCCCCGCUGAGGCCGAGAAGAAGGCCGCCGGAGGCAGCAAGGCUAAGCAGACCGCAAGCAGCAAGAAGGCAAGCAAAGCUGCUGUUAGUGAUGAAGGCGAGGAGGAUGUUGGUGCCCCGUCGAAGGAGCCCGGGAAGCCCGUUGACCAGCAGGAGGUGAAAGAAAGAAAGCAGAAAGAAGUUCUUUUCGUUCGUCACAGGCUCCAGAAGGGAUUCAUCUCGCGCGACCAACCACCUAAGGAGGAGGAAAUGACUACCAUGUCUGGCUAUUUCACCAAGCUCGAGAAGGUAGCUGAUGAUCUGGAGGUGUCGAUCAUCCGUGCGACCAAGAUCAACAAGGUUUUGAAGAUGAUUGUGAAGCUCAACUCUAUCCCCCGUGAUGAGGAGUUCCAAUUCCGACGACGCGCUAUCGGCAUCCUGUCUAAGUGGAAGAACGUUCUCGAUGCUGAUACCUCGGCGCCUCUUGCAGAGCCAAAGGCCAAUGGAGCCCAGAAGGAGGAUAGUGUCGGGACUCCCGCAAAGACUGAGACUGAGGGAGAGAAGGAGGAAGAUACUAAGCCGGCCGAGCCACAGGAUGAGCCGAUGCCCGAUGCGGAUGUUUCGGAGGCGGCCGAAACCACAGAAGCAGCCAAGGAAACGCCCGAGAAGGAGGCUCCCAAGGUCGAAGAGACGGCUGAGACUGGCGCCACAGAAGAGAAGGCCUCCGAAGUAAAGCCUGCCGAGGAGAAGCCUGCUGAGGAAGAGUCAGCGGAGAAGGCAGCUGAGGAGAAAGCCGAAGAAAAGACUGCUGAAGCAGCGGCAUGA